AUGACGACAGAGGACGCCGUCAAUGUUGGCACCGACCUAGUCACCGAGGACACCGCUGAGUCCGCGACGCCGGACAUAGCUGGACUUAGAACCGGACGCCGGAACGUCGGCAUCUUCCUCGUCUUCCUCAACUCCGGCGGAGGAAGGAAGCCGCUGCUGUUCCUCUGCACUGCGACCUCGACGAACUACUUCGCUGCACCGAGUCUUCCCCGGCCAGCGAUUCCUUUUCGAGCCCAACAAGUAGCUGAGGAACAGCAGGAACCUGAGCAGUACGAGGAGUACAACACAGAAGAAUUCGAAGAGUGCCCCGAGCCUAUUCCAGUUGCUUCUGAUUCUGUCCCUGAGGUUGAGUACUACGAAGACGACGUUCAGUAGAUGUUUUACCCACGUCGGCUAUGAGUCCUAUGGAGUAUGACUCGUUCGUCCUAUAGCCAUCUUAUGGCAAGCUGUAUCUUAAAUUCCAUUGCUACUAUGUUAUGCAAGAUUUGGUAUUGUAAUCACUCUGAAUGAUAUUAUCUUAAACUGGUAUUAUAUGUAUUGAUAUGAUUGCAGUGCUGGAUAUAUGUAUGCAUACUUGCUCAUUUCUGGAAAAGUGUGAUGAGGA